AGUUGGUCGAUCCAUCAUCAUCAUCAUGUAGGACAACGGCUUAACAUGCAAACUACAGCCUCCAAAACAUUGCCGGUUUGGUAUCUGCAAGCCAAAACCAUGUGCUUUGAAAAACAACAAGAGCUUCUACGCGAACAAGAAGAUCUCCUUAGCCGUGUAAGAUACAAGAAACCGAAAUGGCGUUCUUGAGAGGAUUUAUGGGGGCAAAGCAAAUCAUGCGCCGGUCCGUUAGUGAUUCGUCUUCGACUCCAAAAGGAUUCAUGGCAGUGUACGUUGGACGUAAUCUGAAGAAGAGAUACUUGGUGCCAGUUUCAUACCUGAACGAACCUUCUUUCCAAGCCUUGCUCAGAAAAUCCGAAGAAGAAUUCGGGUUUGAUCAUCCGAUGGGCGGCCUGACCAUACCCUGCGAUGAAUCUCUCUUCUUCACCGUCACUUCCCGGAUCCGAUAAUUUUUUUUUCCUUAGGCUUUUUUUUUUGGAACAUACGAUGUAAAUACUAUACUCUGAUCACAAUAGUUGUACAAAUUGUUUUUUUUCCCUUGUGAAAACCAUUCACAUCUGAUCUGAUCAUAAA